AUGGCAACCAUUAACCUCAACCCCAAGGACCCUUCUAACCCCUAUAUUCUCAAUCCCAACGAUGGCCCUGGCACACUACUCACAAGUCAUCUUUUGACUAUCGAUAAUUAUCACUCUUGGGCUCGUACCAUUCGCAAAUCUCUGCGUAUCAAGAAGAAACUAGGGUUCAUCGAUAGAACACUCUCUCAACCAUUUGAUUCCAAUAACUCGUUAGAACCAUGGCUUCAAUGCAAUGACAUGGUUGUAACUUGGAUACAAAAUGCUAUGUCCUUGGAAAUCAAGAAUAGUGUUGUGUAUGUUGGAACUGCUCUCGCUCUUUGGCUUGAGUUAGAACAACGUUUUGCACAAAACAAUGGUCCUCGGCUCUAUGAGUUGAAACAAUCUAUCAAUGCUCCCUCUCAAGGAGAUGACUCAGUUAGCCUUUAUUUUUGA